UAUAUUGAAAAAAAAGCGAUAGUUAUUCGUUCUUCAGUGAUUUUCUACAAGAAACAGUUUAUUGGUGUCAAUAUUUGAGUUAAUUAUAUCUCAGGUGGAGAUGAAGGUUCACAUAUUGUUAGGCAUAACUUGCCUAUUAGCAUUGGCUCUGGCAGCCAAGGAUGACAAAAAGGAGAAAGAGGAUGUUGGCACUGUUAUUGGAAUUGAUUUAGGAACCACAUAUUCUUGUGUUGGUGUAUACAGAAACGGUAGGGUAGAAAUAAUUGCCAACGACCAAGGUAACAGAAUCACCCCAUCUUACGUGGCUUUCACUGCCGAUGGCGAGCGUCUCAUCGGAGAUGCGGCCAAGAAUCAACUUACAACAAAUCCAGAAAACACAGUCUUCGACGCCAAACGUCUGAUUGGUAGAGAUUGGACGGAUUCAGCUGUGCAGCACGACAUCAAGUUCUUCCCCUUCAAGGUUAUCGAGAAGAACUCCAAACCCCACAUUAAGGUCGACACCAACCAAGGAGAAAAAGUAUUCGCCCCCGAAGAGAUAUCCGCCAUGGUCCUCGGCAAGAUGAAGGAAACCGCCGAAGCCUACCUCGGCAAGAAAGUAACCCACGCCGUAGUCACCGUACCAGCCUACUUCAACGACGCCCAACGUCAGGCCACCAAGGACGCCGGUACCAUAGCCGGUCUCAAGGUCAUGAGGAUCCUCAACGAACCAACGGCCGCCGCCAUCGCCUACGGCCUGGACAAGAAGGACGGCGAGAAGAACAUCCUAGUCUUCGACCUGGGCGGCGGUACCUUCGACGUCUCCCUCCUGACCAUCGACACCGGCGUCUUCGAGGUCGUGUCUACCAACGGAGACACCCACUUGGGAGGUGAAGAUUUCGACCAGAGGGUGAUGGACCACUUCAUCAAGCUGUACAAGAAGAAGAAGGGCAAGGACAUCAGGAAGGACAACAGGGCGGUGCAGAAGUUGCGUCGUGAGGUAGAGAAGGCGAAGAGGGCGCUGUCGGCCAGCCACCAGGUCAGGAUCGAGAUUGAGUCGUUCUUCGAAGGGGAGGACUUCUCCGAGACCCUGACCAGGGCCAAGUUCGAGGAGUUGAACAUGGAUCUCUUCCGCGCCACCAUGAAACCUGUACAGAAGGUACUAGAAGACGCAGACAUGAAGAAGAAGGACAUAGAUGAGAUUGUGCUGGUCGGUGGAUCUACCCGUAUCCCCAAGGUGCAACAGUUGGUCAAGGACUUCUUCGGCGGCAAAGAACCAUCCAGGGGAAUCAACCCCGACGAGGCUGUAGCCUACGGAGCCGCCGUACAAGCCGGAGUUCUGUCCGGAGACCAAGACACCGACGCCAUCGUCUUGUUGGACGUCAACCCCCUCACCAUGGGUAUCGAGACCGUCGGGGGCGUUAUGACCAAAUUGAUCCCUAGAAACACCGUCAUACCCACCAAGAAAUCCCAGAUCUUCUCCACAGCUUCCGACAAUCAACACACCGUCACCAUCCAAGUCUACGAGGGUGAACGUCCGAUGACCAAGGACAACCAUCUUCUGGGCAAAUUCGAUUUGACCGGCAUCCCACCAGCUCCACGUGGAGUACCUCAGAUCGAGGUCACCUUCGAGAUCGACGCCAACGGUAUACUCCAAGUAUCCGCCGAGGAUAAGGGAACCGGGAACAAGGAAAAGAUCGUCAUCACCAACGACCAAAACAGGCUGACACCCGAAGACAUCGACAGGAUGAUCAAAGACGCCGAGAUCUUCGCCAAUGAUGACAAGAAGUUAAAAGAACGCGUCGAAGCUAGGAACGAAUUGGAAAGUUACGCUUACUCCCUGAAAAACCAACUAGGGGAUAAGGAAAAGUUGGGAUCAAAGAUAACCGGUGACGAGAAGACCAAGAUGGAGGAGGCCAUCGAGGAGAAGAUCAAGUGGUUGGAGGAGAACCAAGAUUCCGAAGCCGAAGACUAUAAGAAACAAAAGAAGGAAUUAGAAGAUGUAGUGCAACCAAUUAUAGCGAAAUUGUACCAAGGUUCCGGUGGUCCACCACCGCCGACAGGUGGCAGUGACGACGAUGAAGACCUCAAGGACGAGUUGUAGGAGAAUAUUCAAAGACUGAUUUACUUUCAGCGUUUUCAGAAAAUGUGAUGUAUGCGUGGUGGAACGAAUGUAAAGACUUGUUUUUAAUUUUGAAAAAGUGAAAUUUUUUUUGUAAUUCUGAUAAAUUAGGUCCAUAUUUUAUAUUUAGGUACCUGUUGAUUGGUAACGAAACCUACCCUCUUAUUUAUUUUUCAUCAAAUAUGAGUGUAUGAUGAAAUGUUCAUUUCUUAAUGGUUCAUUAUUGUUUAUAGUUUCAUUUAUUUACAUUGUUUGGAUUGUACACUUGUAUUUGAUAACGUUAUAAGAUGAAUUUUUCAAUAAAAUUUAUUGAGUAA